UUUAAUUAUUGUGCAGGUCAAGCGUUUCAUUGUUUCACAUUCACUGAUUUCACACUGACCAGCGGGCUGUAUAUUUGUUUAUCAUAUCACGCUCGUAUUUGAGCUGUGAAAUUGACCAGGGUGUACAGAUCUACCUCAAGUCUACUGGCCAAUCGCCCCUCCCUCUUCACUCGCUCGGAACGAUGACGUCACGGAAGCUGAAACGAAAGACUGAUUCUUUGAGCACAUGGACCAUGACGUCACGUGCUUUCUGACGGUCUAACCAACAUUGCUGCACAUUGCAACAGAAUCGUAUCACAGUGCACCAAGCAUUAUGUCUUUUGUAAAAGAGAUGUCUACACUCCAGACAAGAGAUUCCAGAGGAAAUAAUAUGAACACAGAACAGCAGUUCCUAACACCCAUUCUUCCUACAGAGAAGAAGCAGACAAAUCCAUCAGCUCGGCUGUGGAGGGUGAAAACGGAUGUCAGAAAACUGCAAGAAGAUCUCAAGCUGCAGGAAAAGGUUAGGCAAAAUAACCAGGAGACUCUUCUGCUGCGGAAGAAAAAAAUGAAGGAAAAUAAACAGCAGAUGGAGGAGCGAAUAAAUUCCUGCAGAUACCUGAAGUGCAUUAAGGAGAAAAAGAUCAAGGAUGAAAUGCAAGCAUGUUACAGCAAGAAGCAGAAUGAGAAGGCGAGACAGUUCAUCCAAACACUAGAUAAAGAGAUGGAGAUACAGAGUGCUUUGGAGCAGCAUCUGAAGCAACAAACUGAGACAAAGUGUGUUAAUAGAGCAUAUAUGAAUGCAGUGGUCCAGAAAAGUAGCCAGUUUCAGGACCUUCCACAGUUUCAGGGCAUUCAUGAUGUGUUGAAAUUCAUCAACACACAUAAGCAGGUACAGGAGAAUCUGAAGUUAAUCAUAAAGGAGAUGACUGUGGAGAUGGAGAAACAAAAAGAAGAGCAGAGAAAAAUUUGGGAAGAGCUCCAGCACAGGAAAGUGACUCUGUAUACCAAGAUCCAAAAGCUGACUUGUAAACUGGAUAAGGUAGAAGCGAAGAUCCAGCAAAUGGAGAAUGAAUAUGCAGAAAUGUUCCAGUUGGAGAAUAAGACAACCAGUGAGAUGUCUAAACUCAUUAUGAGCAUCUCUACCUUGUCCUCGUUGGUCUGGGAUAGGGAUGACAACAUCCAGAAUGUGGCAACCACAGAGAGGACACUAGAGUUGCUGGAUGAGAUUAAGGACUUUGUCUGUUAUGUGACGUCGGUGCAUCAACCCAAGACGAAUCCCUCGACACUCACCAAUGGAAAAUUCACACAAAAACACAAGGAAAGGCCAGCCUAAAAAAGGAGAUAAAAAAGAAAGAAAGAAAGAAAGAAAGAAGAUAUAUAGAUGUUUAUAGUACAUUUCAGUUUAUGGAAUUUACAGCCUGUAUAACAGUUUAAAUUUACUGUCUCCUCAAAAUAACUCAACACACAUCCAUUAAUGUCUAAACUGUUGGCAACAAAAGUGAGUACACCCCUAAAGCCUCGUUCACACUACAGGAUUUUAAGCCCGAUUUGCAAAUUAACGAGCUCGCCGACAGAUCGGUCUGUGAUCGUGGGAAAAUCAGCGGGUGAUCAGCGCUCGGCAAUCUUUGUGUGAACUACUCAACGACGCAUCACAGAGGCUCGCUGACACCUCGCAGACAAAAUCCAGAUAUCUGGCAUGUUAAAUAUCUGGGACGGUCGGCCGACUCGACAUCACGUGGUGUCAAUUGUAGCUACGACCUCCAGCCAAUGAGAGAGUCAACAGGUUGAGGUCACCAGAAGAAAAGCAGCAGCAGCAGCAACAUGGUUUCAAAAAUAGUGUGGACACAACAUUUAUUUUAAUAAAUUAACAUUUAUUUAGUACGAGACUCCUGCCGACGUCCAUUUUCAAAACAAACCUCUACCGAAAGUCUCGCGUCAUUUCUGGAUCCACCUGUUGCGUGCGUUUUCGUGACAAAACGUGGUUUGGGGACGGCGUUGAGUGACAAGAGUUGUCAGAUCGUGUGGUGUGCGACCCCCUCUUGUGGAUCAUUCGUCGCGUAGUGUGAACACCACAAGGACAAAAAGACAUACAGUGAAGUCAUGUAGUCUGAACAGCAAAGCGAUUUGCCGACGGUUAAAGUCUUGUAGUGUGACCAGGCCUUAAAGGCAGUGCUGGAAAAUAAUGGUGGCCACACAAAAUAUUGACACUUUGGGCCCAAUUUGGACAUUUCCACUUAAGGCCUGGUGGACCAACAUUGCUGGCUGCACUACCAAGUUGGUGGUAGAAAGUUUCUGAACUUCUGCUUCUGACUCGAAACCAUAGAGAAGGUAUUUUAAAGGAAAGUUGCAAAAGGGAAAGGAGGUUAGAAAAUCUUAAACAUUUGAAGAAAUUUAUGCAGUAAUAAGGAAGAUAGGAGCUAAAUCCUUGGGGAAAAGAUGGUGUUGUGGUUCGAAAGGAUUUGGGAAAGGAAAUGGGACAGAAAUGAAGUGUACUCAUAAAAACAACAACAACAACAAAUCCUAGCCGAGAAACAACAAAUGCUGCUUCAUGAUAAAUUCUACAUACACCAACCAGGCAGAAUAUUGUUUGCUUCCCCUUUUGCUGCCAAAACAACUCUGACCCGUGGAGGCAUGGACUCCACUAGAUCCCUGAAGGUGUGCUGUGGUAUCUGGCACCAAGAUGUUAGCAGCAGAUCCUUUAAAUCCUGUAUGUUAUGAGGUGGGGCCUCCAUGGAUCUGACUUAUUUGUCCAGCACACCCCACAGCUGCUAGAUUGGAUGGAGAUCUGGGAAAUUUUGGAGGCCUAGUCGACACCUCAAACUCGUUGUUGUGCUCAUCUAAACAUUCCUGAACCAUUUUUGCUUUGUGCCACGGCACAUUGUCCUGCUGAAAGAGGACACAGCCAUCAGGGAAUACCGUUUCUAUGAAAGGGUGUACAUGGUCUGGAAUGUGUCAAAGUAACAUCCACAUGGAUGGCAGGACCCAAGGUGUCCCAGCAGAACAUUGCCCAAAACAUGAUACUGCCUCUACCGGCGUGCCUUCUUCCCAUAGUGCAUACUGGUGCCAUGUGUUCCCCAGGUAAGCAACGCACAUGCACCCGGUGAUGUAAAAGAAAAUGUGAUUCCUCAGACCACCUUCACCUUCUUCCAUUGCUCUGUGGUCCAGUUCUGAUGCUCACAUACCCAUUGUUGGCGCUUUCGGCAGUGCACAGGGAUCAACAUGGGCACACUGAGUGGUCUGCAACUAUGAAGCCCCAUAUGCAACAAACUGUGAUGCACUGUGUAUUCUGACGCCUUUCUAUCAGAACCAGCAUUCAAUUCAAUUCAAUUCAAUUUAUUUUGUAUAGCGCCUUUUACAAUGAACAUUAUCUUAAAGCAGCUUUACAAAAGAAGAAAAACAGAGAAAGGGGAGGGGAAAAAUAAAUAAAAAUAAAAUAAAUAAAUAAAUAAAAAUAACUAAAUAACUAGAAAUAAGAGUAAAUCAUUAAAUUUAAUAAUUAAACCAUUUUAUCCCUAAUG